AUGGCGAACCGUAACGAACAUCAAGGGCUCUGCCCCCCUCCAUUCCUUCAAGAAAGCACCUUUCCAGAAACUGGCGGAUUCCUGCCAGGCCGUUUCUGCCAACCUAUACCACAGCUCUUAAACUUGACAUGCUGCUUGCCGUGUCCAUUGACGGAUCUCCUUUACUCAGAAGGCUUUGAGGAACGGACUGAAAUCGCCAACUGGGUCAACGUGGGGGCCCUUAUUGUCUCAGUCUUUCUAUUACUGUCGUUCGCGGUCCUAGACACAAAAUGGACGCACCGACACUAUCUCAGUAUAUGUUUGACCAUUUCCGUGGUCUUCAUCGAACUUGCCUUUAUCAUUCCACUAGCCGCCAACCCCGACCAGUGCUUCAACGAAAUAACGCCGAAUUUCAUGAAAUCGAGUGGUGUGUGUGCCCUCAGCGGCGCCUUGUUGCUCUUUGGCGGCUGGGGAGCAGUGAUCUGGGUCUUCCUCCGAGCACUGUCACUGCACCUGCAAAUUUGUUGGGAAGUCAUUCCUGGGAACAAGUUCUUCCUCUCAUCACUUGUCGUUGGAUGGCUUAUCCCGACGAUUGCUCUCGCCAUUGUACUGGCCGUGACAGGCGUCUCAUUCCGCUUCGGCAACGUCUGUCACGUCAACCACAAGCUUGCUUUACAAGACUUCUGGGGACCGCUACUCGCCUUUGCCGCGAUCGGCAUGGUUCUACAAUUCAUCACCCUCGGAUACUGCGUCCAUGUCUACGUCAAAUCACUAAUGGACGACAAGUCUAGUACGACCGGGACCAGCUCCAAUAUGCAAAGCUACUCUGGAUCGAUUGCCACGAGGACAGCGAAACAGACCUUCCGAAGAGUCAAGAGAGUGGUGGAGCUGCAAUGGCGCGGAGCAUGCAUCGUGCUUCUGAUCAUUGGAGAAGUCGUUUUCUUCUCUGUGGUCUUCGUCUCUAUGGACAACGCUUUCCAACUUAGCGACGACCUGAUUCGAAAGGCGACUCCCUGGCUCACCUGUCUCGUUGAUCCAGAGCAAACCAAGGAUGACUGCCUACCGUUGGUUAGCGGCAUGACUCAGCCGGAAGGUGUCGUCCUGGCGGUGCUGAUCUGUCUGGGCAUGUCGGGCUUUUGGUGUGCCCUCUUCUUCGGCCGCUGGUCGAUGGUGCUCGGAUGGAUGGACCUGUUCCAGAGAAAACUGCUCCGCAAAAAUGAAUUUGUGUCGGCUGAUGCCCGCAGAAACGAUCCACGUACGUACGAGAUGCUGGGUGGUACACCGCAACCGCUGAACCUGAACCCACCAGAUCGAUCGUAUCAAAGCCCAAUAUCGCCAGACUCGCAACAAUGGGAUGACCCCGAUAAAGCCGGCUACUACGGCGGCGUACGGACAUAUGUCACACCCGCAGCGAGCUACUCGGUGCCACGACCGCCCAGCUCGGGCAUGAACAAAGACUGGGAUCCGAGGAUGACCUGGGCAAAGAGUCACCCGGUCUCGCCGCCUCAAGGAUACCCAAGACCAAAAGACUUUGGCAAUAACUAG